UGCAUGCAAACUGCAAACUGUGAAGGAAGGAGAAGGUCUGGAGGAGGACCUCGUGAAUGAAGGAGAAGAGUGAGGCAGGGAUAGAAGUACGGGAGGAAAGAUAGAGAGGGGGGAGAGUGCAAUGGAGACACCAGGCGUGGAAGGAUCAGGAAGAUCGCCACCAGCGGCGCCACAAAUGGAACGGGAUUAUUGGGAAGACGAGGACCGAAUACGGGAGCUCCUGGCAAUGUGUUUUGACGAUGGGAUUUACCCCACAGACUUAGAUCCAGGGGAGAUGGUGGUGGAAGGCAGAGAGGUGCGGUUUAAGCUAAAUACCUCUGUGGACGAUAUUAAAGUUAAGUGGCUAAAAGAAAGAACGGUCACGGUUAUUUAUAAGGAUGCGGCGAGAUUCCUUCCGAAGAACGUCAAGGACGAUCUAGUCAGGGCUUUCGAGGACGGAUGGAUUAUUGGAAACGAGAAUCUGACGGAAAACUCUAGACGAGGGAGGGUGAAGAUAGAGGGUCCAGGGGUAGAUUCGUAUGUGGCGAAGGCAAGGGAAGUGGCGGAGUUUAUGAUCUCAGAGGGACAAGUGGAGAUAACACUCGGUCAAGAAUCCUACAGGAUUCUUUUUAAACCAUGGAUGACGCGGGCUGAGUUCAGGGACCUGAGAAGGCAGGCGGAUGAGAGCACCUUUUGGGUGAUUGCGUUGCAGAUUCCGCUUGACGACAUGCCGUUUAUUUAUGCACAAAUUGACAAGGCGAUUGGUAAGAUUGUACUAGCACAUCCGGCGGACGCAGAUCCAAAUAGGCCGUCACUAGUCGGAUUGAGACUGCGAAAGGAGAUACCCUGGAGACAGGGAGGUGGCCAAAGAAAUCAAGGGAUAGUGGGAGCGAUGUCGAACAAUCCGAUGCAGAACCUUCAACAAGGACAAGCGGUCAGCGGACAAGGUGGAGGUCAAAACUCAAGGGGAUAUCAGGGUGCGAUGCGGCCAAGACAAGGAACUACGGUACCAUCAGGAGCGGCCAGUCACGAUAGAGCAACCCGGAUGAAUCCAAUCUUUUCACCACGGGGAGGUAAUGCACCGCUGAUGGGCCAAAUGGCCGUCCCAAUGAUGGGAAACCCGGCGAUGGGCAGCUUGUUGGGGAAUCAGAGUCAAGCACCAACCGGAGCAAAGCCGAGUAACCUGCUGUAUGGGAUGCCUCCGAUGCAAGGCAUGGGACUGCAGGGUAAUUGGUGGCAGGGGGGAGCGUUCCCGGCGGACUGGCUAAUGGCUAGUGGAUACAACCCUAGUCUAUGGCCUGGGAUGAUGAUGGGGAGUCAGGGUGGACAAGGCGGCAUGGGGUUGGGUGGUUUGGGAGGUCAGCCAGGAGUCUCAGGGAACCAGCAGCAAGGGUUUCCGACAACCUCUAUACCCGGAGCAGCAGGGUCAUCGGCGGCAGGGAGGGAUGCGAUCAAACCAUCGCCCUCGGGGCAAGGAAAUUUGAUGGGAGGAGGUGGGGAAGAGGACAAGGAGAAAGAGUUGGAGAGUACUCCAGGCUGAUCGAGAGGGAGAGGGGCCGGCAAGCAACGGAGGCUGAGUCUGACCUCGCUGCCGGAGGUCACACCGGAACACUCAAGAAGUUCACGGAUCUCAAGAGAAGACUCAGGAAACUCGAUCAGUCACGAAGUGGCAGCUGUGACGCCAGGGAACAAAACCACAAGGGAUAG